AGCGCUUUUCCAGCGAAUAAUCAUCGACAUUGGUGUCUCUUGCUGCCUCAGGCAUAAAGCUUUUGCAAGGUUUGCAUCGUCUUGUCCCUCCGAUAUUGAGUCCGUCCAAAAAGCCCACUUUCCUGUCUGUUCUCCCGUGUAGACGCUGCGAUUAGACUCUCUCUCUCUCGUCUCAAACGCAGUCGCCAUGUCCUCCGCCGACAUUACCAUUGUGCUCGGUGCACAAUUUGGAGAUGAAGGCAAGGGAAAGCUUGUCGAUAUCCUCACUGAAUCCGCCGAUGUGUGUGCCAGAAGCGCCGGCGGUAACAAUGCGGGGCACACAAUUGUUGUCAACGGGGUCACUUAUGACUUCCAUCUCCUCCCUAGUGGACUUGUGAACCCGAAGACUAUCAACCUCAUUGGAUCCGGAGUUGUCGUCCACGUCCCGGCCCUCUUCGAUGAGCUUGAGGCUCUGGAGAAGAAGGGGCUCAAUUGCGAUGGUCGCCUCUUCGUCUCGAGUCGCGCACACCUCGUUCUCAAUUUGCACCAGUUUGUUGACAAAUUGAACGAGACUGCGUUGGGCAAGGGCAAGGUCGGAACCACACACAAGGGUAUCGGGCCGACCUACUCGUCGAAAGCCUCCCGCAAAGGACUGCGCGUUGAUGGUCUCCGCCUCGACAGAUGGACAGAGUUCGAGACUCGUUUCCGUCAGCUAGUCGCUGGCUACCGACAGCAGUAUGGCUCUUCUUUGGACCCUUACGAUGAGGAGGGCGAACUGGCGCAGUUGAAGGAACUGGCCCCUCGACUCCAGCCGAUGGUCGUGGAUGCUGUGUCUUGGAUGUAUGCUCAGACGCAACAGAACAAGCGCAUCCUCAUCGAGGGUGCCAACGCUGUCAUGCUGGAUAUCGACUACGGUACUUAUCCUUAUGUGACCAGCUCCAACGCCUGUCUGGGAGGUGCCUUCACCGGAUUGGCCAUUUCUCCUUUCAACGUUAAGAGAAUCGUCGGUGUCGCCAAGGCCUACCUCACGCGUGUUGGAAACGGACCUUUCCCCACCGAGCAGCUCAACGAGAUUGGCGAAUACCUUCAAGUUAAGGGCAGAGAGUUCGGAGUGACCACUGGCCGAAAGCGCCGUUGCGGAUGGUUGGACUUGGUCAUGCUUAAGCACUCUGUCAUGGUUAACCACUACACAAGCUUGAACUUUACAAAGCUCGACGUCCUUGACGAACUAGAGACAAUCAAGGUCGCUACCGCCUACAAACUCCCGAACGGUGAGGUCACCGAAUCUUUCCCCGCUAACACCGAGGACCUCGAUAACAUCGAGCCAAUCUACAAGGAGUUGCCUGGCUGGCGCAAGAUUACCUCAGACUUCACGACAUACGACCAGCUGCCCGCUGAGGCUAAAUCCUACAUCCAGUACAUCGAAGAAUACCUGGGAGUAAAGAUUGAGUCUGUCGGUUGUGGUCCUGGCCGAGAGAAUAUCAUUUACCGGUAAAAUAUAAUCUCGGUGUCGCGAGAGCUUGAAGAUCUGGAUAUUUGAUACGCCAUAAACCUAUGACGUCUCCUCCUAUCUAGAACGAAAAAGAAAAGGCAUUCAUAUAGCAGGGGUCAAUGCAACAGCCGAGCUAGAUCCAUCGAUUGCAUAUUACUCUACACUUUCGGCCAAGAGCAUUAGGUGGGCGGUGAGUAUAGAGGGUAGUAUAGCGUUAGCUCAAGAGCCUGGUGCUCGCAGAUGCUACUCAAUAUGAUUUGGUUCCUAUUGGUAAUCCACUG